CUAAUGUAUUGCCUCUUACAAUGAGUGGUGCAGUCCCUGCGUCUGGGUCAGGCUCACUUUGUUAAAGAAGCUUUGUCCGGAGGGAUGAAACUAGUGUGCGUGGAGUUCACCUGUUGGCCCUUAGCCUCCGCAGAGCACACGAAUGUGAAGCACAUGAAAAGUUCAAGAAGUUCAGUUUGCCAUCCUGAGCCCAGGAUCUCAACUAGCUUGACCAGUGGGCAACAUAACGGAAGUGGUUCACUGCUAGCUACAAAAUGGCCACUGACCUCUUCUUAUUGAGUCACAAAAGAAGACACAGGACUCCAAAACCCUGCUCUGGAUCAUCUUAAGGAGAAUGCUGUUGGCUUGGCACAGCUCUCUCAUGCUGCGGUGCAAAGGCGGUGUGGCUCAGAAAGCCUGGGUCAGCAUGCUGUUCCAAAACCGCAAGGCCCAGCUCCUGUUGGUCAACUCUCUAACUUUUGGCUUGGAAGUUUGUCUGGCUGCAGGCAUUACCUAUGUGCCACCGCUCUUGCUGGAAGUGGGAGUAGAAGAGAAGUUCAUGACUAUGGUUCUAGGGAUUGGGCCUGUUCUAGGUCUAGUGUUCGUGCCACUCAUUGGCUCUGCCAGCGACCACUGGCACAGCAGCUAUGGCCGCCGGCGGCCUUUCAUCUGGGUCCUGUGCCUGGGAGUUCUACUGAGCCUUCAGAUCAUCCCUCAUACACAUCAUCUGGCCAGUCUUGUUGCCUUGGACACCCGCUCUGUAGAGAUCGCCUGCCUUAUCAUGGGCAUUGGCCUGCUUGACUUCUGUGGCCAGGUCUGCUUCACCCCACUGGAGGCCCUUCUCUCCGAUCUCUUUCAGGAGCCUGACAACUGCCGACAGGCCUUCUCUAUGUACUCCUUCAUGGUCAGCCUGGGUGGCUGCAUCGGAUAUCUGCUGCCAGCAAUUGACUGGGAUAGUAGCUUCCUGGCUCCUUACCUGGGGGGGCAGGAUGAAUGCCUCUUCAGCCUCCUCACCAUCAUCUUCCUCUGCUGCGUCCUGGCCACUGCUUUUGUGACAGAGGAGGUGGCAGUCCAGGCGGAAGUGUUGUCGGGUCCUGCAAUGAAGGGUUCCUCCAAAUCCCCGCCCCUCGGCUGCUGCUCUUGCUGGGUUCCAAAGAGCUUUUUGAAGGCCGGGCAUCUGGUCCAGGCCUUUAGGAACCUUUGUGCCUUGGCCCCACGUCUGCACGGACUCUGCUGCCGCAUCCCCAAGGUGAUCCGGCAGCUCGUUGUGGCCCAGUUGUGCAGCUGGAUGGCUCUCAUGACUUUCAUGCUGUUCUACACAGACUUUGUAGGGGAAGGGCUGUACCAGGGAGUUCCCCGAGCUGAGCCGGGCACAGAAGCCAGGAGACACUAUGAUGAAGGUAUCCGGAUGGGAAGCCUGGGCCUCUUUCUCCAGUGCAUCAUCUCCAUCUUCUUCUCGACAAUCAUGGACCGGAUGGUGAAGCGGUUUGGAACACGGAUGGUCUACCUAGCCAGUGUGGUCUUGCUCCCGCUGACUGCCUUCAUCAUGUGCUUCUCACAGAGCAUCGUCAUAGUCACUGUUUCUGCUGCUUUGACAGGGUUCCCCUUUUCAGUGCUGCAGAUCCUGCCAUAUACACUGGCUUCACUUUAUCAUCAUGAGAAGCAGAUAUUUUUGCCGAAGUAUAAAAGCAAAGAAGAAGAUGCAGCUCAGCUAGACAAGAAACAUGACUUUCUCAAAAGCCACCUUUCAGGCCAGAAACUAACCUACCAAAACGGGCAUGGUGGGAGCCUCUUCUCUCCUCCUCCUCCUGCUGCCGCCAGCUCUGCCCUCUGUGUCGGCUCACCCUGUGAGGUCUCUCUCAUGAUGAUGGUUGGAGACCCGGACACCACAGCUGCAAGCAGAGGCAUCUGUUCAGACCUCGCCAUCUUGGACAGUGCAUUCCUUCUUUCUCAGGUCAUCCCAUCUCUCCUCAUGGGCUCACUUGUUCAGCUCACGCAGUCCGUCACUGCUUAUAUGGCCUCUGCUACUGGCUUUGGGCUGGUGGCCAUCUACUUUGCAACCAAAGUUGUCUUUGACAAGAGUGAUAUGGCCAAGUAUUCCGUGUAGGGGAGGGAAAGAAAACUGUGAAGAAAAAAACAUGGAAAUUGUAAUGGGUAAUAUAGAAGAGUCAAUAGUGCA